AUGGGAAUACGAUGCAGUAAGAGGGUUGUCAAGCCGAUCCAAACCCAACAGCCUCGCUUUAUAGGACCACCAAAGUUGCUAGUACAACCUCCAGAAGAGGUAUGGUAUCAGCUUGAAGAGAAUCUCAGUCCACAUGCUCGGCCUACAUUGAAAUGUCAAGCGUCUGACAAUGCAGAAUCAUUUGUUUGGUAUAAAAACGGUGAACAGCUGGAGAUUGGUGGCGAUAUCGAAUGGGUUCGAGCUGGCCAAUCUGGGACCAUCCAAUUUAUGAAGCCAAAGCGACAUCACGAAGGCUACUAUCAAUGUUUUGUUUCGAAUAUUUUUGGUACAGCCGUCUCAAAUAAGGUCCAUCUACGGCUAGGAGAGCUGGAACAUUUCCCUCCACGACCUGUGAGGAGGAUUCAAGUGAUGGAAGGCGAAUCGCUGACGAUCGACUGCAAAGCCCCCAGAGGCACACCACCACCGACCUUGUUCUGGCUCUACAGGGACACCGAGCAGGGAUCAGUGAUUGAGACGAUCCGAAGGAAGCACAUCACUGUCGACGGGGACGGUAAGCUGCAAUUCAGCGCCGUGGAGAUGCACGAUGGACGACCGAAUCUCGUCUAUGAGUGUGCUGCCGGCUCUCCGGUCCUGCAUGGUGAAUACCGAUCCGGUGACCAUGUUCAGCUAGAGGUCAUUCCUAGAGAAGGCGAUCCAACAACACCCGUGCACAAACUGUAUACUAGCCCGAAAGAGGUAACCGUCAAAGCCGGUGGUAAACUUCGGUUGCUAUGCAUUUUUGGUGGAAACCCUUUACCAGAGAUCUUCUGGUCAAAAAUCGAUGGCUAUCUGCCAAAAGCUCGAUUGAAAGAUCUGACGUCGCCUGAGAGCGAGUUUGGAAAAGCAUUGAUCAUAGAGAAUGUGCAUCCUGAAGAUGCAGGUCAUUAUGAAUGUCGUUCAGCCAACAUCGCCCAUUCUGUCAACGUCCGGGUUGUAGCGGCUCCCUAUUGGGAUUUCGAUCCACCAAAGGACAUUGAACAACCGGAGGAAAGUACUACAGAACUCGAAUGUCUUGCAUCAGGACAGCCACCUCCCAUAGUCAAAUGGAGUAUGAAUGGGAAACCAUUACAUGAGCAAACUGGAGAUCAGCGUAGGGUUCUGCUCGACAAUGGGAGAGUCCUGAGGCUGUCGUCGUUGAAUCACGAUCUCGAUACCGGUGUCUACCAAUGUAACGCCUCCAAUCCACUCGGCUACGUCUAUGCCAAUGCAUUCGUCAAUGUGAAAGCACAUGCACCUCGAUUCCUCAUGCCAACACAACGAGUAUGGAAAGUCGUCCAGAAAACUUCGGUAUCGCUCAACUGUGACGUUGUGGCAGCUCCAGAUCCUGUCGUCCGAUGGGUUGAUGCGGAUGAUAGCCCGCUGAAAGUGAUCGAAGGAAAAACACAGCUCCUGGCAAACAAUACGUUCAUCAUUCAUGAUUUGAGUAGCGCAGAUGAGGGUCUGUAUUACUGUAAUGUCUCGAAUAAAUACGGUAUUGCUCGAGCUACCAAUAGGCUUCAAGUUUACAAGCCGACGUACUUUGUGAAAGUGCCGUCGCCUCCGAAAUUGGUGUUGGAAGCAUUCGAUUCGGCCGAGUUACACUGUGAAGCAAUAGCUGAUCCACGUCUUCAGAUCACUUACAAAUGGACUGUCAACGGGGAGAUCAUCGAAAACAGCACCGUUUAUCAGGUCCUACCUGAUCGUCUCCUUCUCAACACACUCCGAGGCCCACAUUCUGGAGUGAUUGAUUGUGCUGCUAUCACCGAAGUCGAUGUCAAAUUGGCGUCAAUGCGGCUCAUCGUCAAAGACGUCCCUGCAACACCGCUAAUGGAGCCACCAGUCUGUACAGAACGAAAAGCGGUAAUCAAAUGGAAAGCUGCAGAAGACCACGGAGACGACAUUAAAAAAUACACCGUCGAAAUGGAGACCGAUUUCCGGAAGGGUGUAUGGGAGCGUGUUGUGGACGAGAUCAACGUAGCCAGGGAAAACUUUGAAGCUGAUGUUACUCUGACGCCAUGGGUGAAUUACACAUUCCGUGUGGUCGCUGAGAAUUCCCACGGCCGUUCAGAUCAGAACGUUGGACUCGAAGAAGAUAAGGUGCAGAAUAUCUCCUGCCAUACCCGGCCUUCGUUCCCAUACUCGAACCCAAAAGGUGUUCGGGUCGAAGGAACGGAGCCAGACAAUUUGGUCGUCUAUUGGAAGCCUAUGGAAAAGUAUUAUUGGAAUGCACCUCACCUGCAGUACCUCGUCAGGUACAAAUUGGAUGAACCACAUACUGCUUGGACAGAAUUUGUCGUUGAAGAUCCACUUGCUAAUCACACCAUAAUCCGNGAACAGCCAACAUUCCGUCCAUUCCAAGUUCAAGUACGAGCUGUAAACGCUAUUGGACCCAGUAUUCUGGAGCCGGACACUGUGAGAGGGUUCUCUGGAGAAGAUGUACCGUCAGUACCGCCAAGUAACUUCCGAGUCGAAAAACUCGUGAAUUUCUCGACGGUCAGCUUCAAAUGGGAACCGGUGGAGGAGUCGUCAGUGAACGGCUAUUUUCGUGGAUAUGAGGUUUGUUUACGAUUAUUUUGCAGUUUCAAAAAGAACAAAGUGAUUUCCACUCUUGCCCCCAAUUCCAACUAUACCGCAGUGAUCCGGACCAAGAAUCGUCGCUACGGCAGCGCUCCCAGCCCGGCGAUUCAUCUGACCACUCCUGAAGGAUUACCCUCAAAAGUACACAAUCUACGCGUGGUAGCCGUAGCGCACGCGAUACUUACUCUUUGGGAACCGCCGAAACAUCCGAACGGCCUGCUCAGAGGCUAUUUCCUGUCCUUUGAGAAUGAAAAAAACGAAACUGAAGAGACCUACGUUUUGUAUCGGCAGCGUCAUUAUCUACACGAAAAAUGCGUUCCUGAUUCGUCCUACCGAGUUUCUGUUUGGGGAGAAACGAGUGCUGGGGAAGGAUUGAAAACGACACGACCCGUUAGAACAUGGAACACUAGGAAUCCUGAUCCACCGGUAUUCUUCGUCAGAAACAUCACAAUAGAUACCAUAGAUGUGGAAUGGAAACCGUCAAAUCACAAUGUGUGGAGAAUGCCUGGCUCAUCCUUCUUUGUCAACUACUCCCUAGAAGAUUCUGCGGAACACUUCGAGACUGGGCCUAUUUACCUUCCAAACACUCACCUGACAAUUACUGGACUCCGGGAAGGCAGUACGUAUAACCUGAUCGGUGUAGCCAAAGAUGGAAAUCGGAUGUCGUACAGUGAACCACGAUCUGUUACCACUUUGAGCAAGGAGAGUGUUUCCCAUCUCAAAUCUCUCCGGAAUGCCGCCUGGUUCAUAGCCGUACUAUGUGCUGUUGCGAUUGCGCUAAUCACAGUUUUAAUUACCUGUUGUUGCGAAGAACGGCGAGGAGAUGAAUAUGCUGUGAGGAGAAAGGAGAUGGAGAUUGGCCACCAGUUGGCAAACGAUGAAGAACGACAAUUUCUUGAAUAUCAAUAUGGGUAUAAAUCGUAG